UCACGACAAAACAGAUCAGUUACAAAAUCUUCAUUCAGGAAUAAAAUCACAUGAUUUGUAAUAUAACUGUUAAUUUUUUAUAUAUUUUUUUUUUCCAAUUAUUAAUAAUCAUUUAAUCACAUACUAGCUUAGGCAAACUCAAAUUCUUGUUAUUUUAUAUAUACAAACAAUUAAAUGAAAACAAAUCCCUACCAACUUUAGACAAAGCAGUUUCCAAGAACUAACCAUUGCUCAAAAAUACAUGCACCACCGCCUUCAUCAUUACUUUCUCUCUCUAAUACUGUAUGUAUACAUACAUAUUCCCUGUAUCUAUAUUCUGUCUCUAUAUAGACAGAUAGAGAUAUAUAUGCUUAUAAUUCUCACUCAUACUCAUCACUCAUCUCCACUUGAUCUCUGUUAAUUCUCAAACAAACUUUAAUUUUCAAAAAUUAUUAAAUAUCUGAUUUAAUUAAUUGAGCUGCGGAUAUGGAUUCGUUUAAUAGAUGUUCAUACGCGUCGGCCAGUUCAUCUUCGUCGGAAACUUCAUCGGAUUCAUCGUCGUUGUCCGGAAUUAAAAGUACUACUACUCCGGCGAAUAAUGCGGAGGUGUUGUGUGAGAGAAUUAAAGGCCCGUGGAGUGCGGAGGAAGACAAGAUCCUGACCCGGUUGGUGGACCGGUACGGCGCCCGGAACUGGUCGUUGAUCGGUAAGUACGUCAAGGGCCGGUCGGGGAAAUCGUGCAGGCUGCGGUGGUGCAACCAGCUCAGCCCGGAGAUCGAGCACCGCCCCUUCUCCAAGGCGGAGGACGACGCCAUUGCGGCGGCGCACGACAGGUACGGCAACCGGUGGGCCACCAUUGCGCGGCUGCUCCACGGCCGCACCGAUAACGCCGUAAAAAAUCACUGGAAUUCCACUCUGAAAAGGAGGUGCAUUCAUCUGCAACGACAGCAGAAGCGGCGACUCGACGACGAUGAUUUGAGAGACUGUACGGAAAGUAAUACGGCGUCGGAGUUCAGUCCGUCUCCGGCGAGUUGUGAUUUUUAUGAGCAUGAUGCGAUGACUGCAUUGUCACUGGCUCCGCCAGGGACGGAGAGGCGGCAGGAGAAUUUUCCGGUGGGAUUCUGGAGUGCGUAACGACGUCGUUUCCAGAGACUUGCUCUGGGUUUCGUUAAUGAUGAAUUAAUUAAUAAUUAGCCUUUGCUGACAGUUAAAUCGCUUUCAGCCGUUUUUUUAAUUUUAAUUUGGUGUUAAACACUAAUUAAUUCCGUAUUAAUUAUUCUCAA